AUCUGGCAACCCUGCCUUGUGCUGUAGCUGCCUCAGACCCCAUUACAACAACAACAGCAUGUGUGCUGAUGUGUUGCGGCCCCCAACAGUAUGGCUAGACGGCCGCUGCUACCGUGUGCUCAGCCCCCUCGCAUCUACCACUACCGUCACCAACUAUGUCGAGGAGGAUUCCUAUGGACUCGAAGAUGCUGUGUACCAGGAUGAGGUGGAAUGUGGUGGUGAACAGGCAGAAUUUGCUUGGGAGCAGCUCAAUAAUGGAAAGUUCCAAACUUCAUUCCCCGUGGCAAACUGCUACAUAUCAUACAUCAUUGGAGCAAAGGGAGCCACCAAGAAGAGGAUAGAGAAUGAAACUUACACGACCUUAAAAUUCCCGGUGAAAGGCCAGUCAGGAGAUGUUGUUGUGAUUGGUAAGGAUUUGAAGACUGUUCGGCAGGCGCGCCUCAAGAUGGAACUGUUAGUGGAGCAGGCGAGAAAAAAGCAGCCGUUUACCCAUUUUCUUUGUAUCCCUUUCAAUAAACCAGCAAUACAAGAAAAAUAUAUAGAAUUUAAGAAGGAAGUGCUGGAGAAGUGUGGUAGCAGCCGUGGAGUUGAUGAGUCGAUUUUUCAGGAGCCUGCCAAAUUGCAUCUAACUUUGUGUGUCAUGGUGUUAGCAGAUGAUCGUGAACGCUAUCAAGCUCUGGAUGCACUGGCUAAUUGUCCAGAAAGUGUUCUAAAGAAACACUUGGCUGGAGAAAAACUGCGUGUUGAGAUGAAAGGCAUCGAGUACAUGAAUGACGACCCAGGAGAAGUUGAUGUUCUGUAUGGCCGCAUCAAUGCCCUCAGCUGGACUCAUUCAUUACAGACUAUUGCUGAUUCUCUUGUAGAUGAGUUUGUUAAAGCUGGUGUGUUGAACCGACAACAUGACAGGGUAAAGCUACAUGUAACGUUGAUGAACACAUUGUUCCGCCAUGAUCGAGAUGGUGUUACAGACUCCAAAGCUAGCAAGGACAGAGAGUCAUUUUGUGCAAGGCAGAUUUUGGAGGAGUUUGAGAAUUAUGAAUUUGGCGAGAUGGAGGUUGAAGAAAUCCACUUAUCCGUUCGCUAUACUACAGCAAACAAUGGAUUUUACUCAUCCUCGGGGAAGAUUCCUGUCAUACCAAUUGCAGCUUCAUAAUUAAUGCUGUUUGUAAUUACAGCCUCUUUAAGUAAUAAAUAAUAUUGGGUUCAUUUGAAUAUAACAUGUUAAAGGAUGUCAGUUCUGUAUUUAAAUUUUCUAGAUUUUCUGAGGCAUGAUUGGGUUCCUCGUUUGGCUUUCAAUAGCUUACUAAUUUUAAACAGCCAGAUGAAUUAUUAAAUAAAUGGUAGUUUAUUAUUUACAGCAUAGUUAAUCGACUCAAUUUAUAAAUGUCAUUAAACUUGAAUGUGCAAGUGAUUUUGAAUGCAAUUUAUAACAAUAUUUUUGUGUUGUAAGUUAUAUAAUAAACUAAGUGUAAAAUUACAGUGAACA